AUGUCAACAGAAAAAAGUGGAAUAUUAAUUGGACUUAAAUACUUUUGCAGUGUGAGAAUUAUGUACUUUUACAGCAACCACAUGAAAUCUUGCUCCGAUAAUUUGAUCCAUUCGAAAUAUUUACAUACUUCUAAAGUCUAUCCGAGAGAUCUGAUCAAUUUCAAAUUUCAAAUUUCAAAAAAAAAAAAUAAAAAAAUUGGAAAAUUUAUCAGCAAUUUCAAUGUCUGGGGAGGGAAGGGGCAAAAAAAAAAAUUCAUUACGGUAUUGGAUACUGAAAAUGAACUGACUCACAAAUUACAUAGAAAUUCCUUAGAACAAUCCCUUGAAAAUAGCUAUUAUUCAGGGGUUUAUGGGAGCAAUGUCCAGGCGCGAUGGUAG